AUGUCUGGCCUUGUGAAGAAAACAUUCAUCCCCGGAAGGGGCGAAUGGAAACUGGCAUACGACUUGUUCAGUCCCACGUCAAUCGGAUCCAAUCCUCCAUUGGUAUUGUUGCAUGGCUUACUGGGAAACCGAAAGCAGAAUCGUCAUGUUGCAAAAAUCCUAGCGCAUAGUCUGCAGACACCCGUCCUUAUUCCCGACCUAACCAACCACGGUGAUUCUUUUCACCGCAGUGCGCACAGUAAUGCGCUUAUGUCUGAAGAUUUAUUCAACUUGCUGAAAUCUCCUGCGAUCGACCCACAGUAUUCCGGUGGCUACGUUCUGAUUGGACAUUCAAUGGGUGGAAAAGCAGCGAUGUUUCACGCAGUAAACCACCCCAAUGAUGUAUUGGGCGUUGCUUCUGUCGACAAUGUGCCAUACAAAAAUCCCAUCGAAGCUGACUCGGAGUUCGCUCGAUUUGAUCGAUUCUUCACCUAUGCUAAGGAAACUUUACCGACUACGUUUUCGAACUUAGCUGAAUUGGAUCAGAAGUUGAAGGAAAUUGAACCAGAUAAACGUUUCCGACAACUUCUUGCUAGCAACUUCAAAAGAAGUAAACUCUCAAAAGCCAUUGAAUGUAAAGUUCCAAUCGAGGUUUUGCAGCAGUCAUUGGAAAGCCUGAAAGUCUUGGAAAUUGAAGACUCUCUCAAAUAUUAUGGACCUCUACUGAUCAUCAGAGCAUUGAAAAGUCCUUUCGUUGGCGAGAUCGACCACGAGAAAGUCUCCGAUCACUUCCCAAACUAUUCCACGCGUGAUAUCAACACUGGUCAUUGGGUGAUUACCGAGGAUGGUCCCGGAUUCGUAACGAUUAUUGAUCAAUGGAUCAGAAAUCAAAACCUCGGAAAUCAUCAGCAGUAA